AUGGAUAAGCAUGACUCCGGAGUGAAGCCUAUCGUUUGGCCGACCGAGGAAAUCGACCUAAGACGGCAACGGGCAGAGGCGCGACUCCCUCAGGUUUCUGCUUACGGCGCAAAUACAACCUUAACUUUCUACGAGGCGUUUAAUAAGUACCCAGUGAAAGGGAAAUCGGUGCUGGUGGUGGGGAGUCAAGUCCCUUGGCUCGAGGCAAUUCUCUUGGCGUAUAAAGCUGGGUCGAUCACGACCGUUGAUUUUAACAAACCAGUUGCAGAUUAUCCCGAAUUGAGGCUGUGGAGUAUUCCCGAGCUGGACGCUACUGAUGAGACCUUUGACGUGGUAGCUUCUUAUUCGUCGCUGGAGCACGAUGGACUGGGGAGAUAUGGCGAUCCGCUAAACCCGGAUGGGGAUCGGCUCAGAAUGAAGAAGAUCAGGGGCCUCCUCAAGCCGGGAGGGCUUUUCUUCCUGGGGCUCCCAGUGGGCAACGACACGCUGGUGUUCAAUGCGCAUCGGGUGUACGGUCCCAUCCGCAUGCCGCUGCUGCUCGAGGGAUGGAAGCUGCUGGGAGUGUUUGGGGUGUCCAAUGCUCCCCCUCUUCCACCCACCGACCCGCUCGCCCGCCCCUCCCCGAUCCCUUUUGAGUCGACUCAAAAGCAGUGGUUCAAGAUCGCGCUGUGCCAGCUGGCGGUGGGUGCUGACAAGGCGCGCAACAUCGAGCAUGCGAGGGACGUGAUUGGCCGCGCUGCGGACCAGGGCGCUAGGCUCGUGCUGCUGCCGGAAAUGUGGAACUGCCCUUAUUCCAACGACAAUUUCCCCACCUACGCGGAGGAGAUUUCCCUGGAAGAUUCCUUUGCCUCCUCACCCUCCGCUGCGAUGCUCGCUGACGUGGCGGGGCGGCACGGCGUGACUAUAGUGGGGGGUUCCAUUCCCGAGAGGAGGGAGGGGCGGCUGUACAACACGUGCCUUGUGUUUGGCAGCAAGGGGGAGUUGAAGGGUCGGUUCAGCAAGCUACAUCUCUUUGACAUUGACAUCCCAGGGAAGAUCACAUUCAAGGAGUCUGACACACUCACAUGUGGCGAUCAGCCAUUGGUCGUUGACACAGACGUGGCACGAGUGGCAGUGGGCAUAUGCUAUGACAUCCGCUUCCCUGAGCUCGCAAUGCUCUAUGCCACUCGAGGCGCGCAGCUCAUCUGCUACCCGGGUGCUUUCAACAUGACCACGGGACCCUUGCACUGGCAGCUGCUGCAGCAGGCCAGGGCAGUGGACAAUCAGUUGUUUGUUGUCACGUGUUCACCUGCCCGGGAUGACUCAGCAUCGUACCGAGCCUGGGGUCACUCCACCCUGGUUGGGCCGUUUGGGGAGAUAGUGGCAACAACGGAGCAUGAGGAGGCACUGGUGGUGGGGGAGGUGGACCUGACUCAGAUUGACAUUCGCAGGCAAAACAUGCCCAUCAAGGUACAGCGAAGAGCAGACCUCUACCAGCUCAUGGACAAGACUGCUGCCGAUCAAUAG